CCGAGGCCCCCGGCCCCGAGGCCCCCCUCCCACCUACCAUGCCUAAUUUCCUGGUGUCAGCGCUGCUGGCGCCCUCGAGGGUAUCGCUGAGACUGAUUCGCUUCUUCAUGUGGAUCCUGGUGUACUGGGGCGCAUGCUUGGCGGCCCUGGUCUACUCUGUGAAGGCCCUGGGCCACGUGCUGGGGCACCCUGGGCGAGGCUGCUGUGGCCAACCACGCCGAAAGGCCCCGACGUGCCUUCGAGACCCCUCUUACGGGCAGCAUGGCUUCCUUGACCUCAAGACCUCUGGCCUGCGUCUGCAUUACGUCUGGAAGGGCCAUGGGCCACUGAUGCUGCUCCUUCAUGGCUUUCCCCAGAUCUGGUUUUCUUGGCGACAUCAGCUUUUAGAGUUCUACCACCAUUUCCAUGUGGUAGCACUGGACUUGAGGGGCUACGGGAGCUCAGAUUCACCUACCAACCUGAACAGCUACACCAUCGAAGCCCUGACAACAGACAUCAAAGACGCUAUUGAGGCCCUAGGUUACUCCAAAUGUGUCCUGGUGGCCCAUGACUGGGGAGGAAUCUUGGCCUGGAAUUUCGCCACCUACUACCCAAGUAUGGUAGAGCGGCUGGUGGUGGUGAGCGCCGCCCCUAUGUUUGUUUACCAAGAGUAUGUCCUGCACCAUCCCAGCCAGCUCUUGCGCUCUGGUUAUGUGUUCUUCUUUCAGCUACCCUGGUUGCCUGAGAAAUUGCUUUCUGUCUCUGACUUUCAGAUCCUGAAGAGCUCUAUGACGGAUCCUGUGACCGGAAUCCAUAGCCUUACAGAUGAGGAGCUAGAGGCUUUCCUAUACAGCUUCUCCCAGAACCAAGGCCUCAUUGGCCCCCUCAACUACUACCGCAAUCUUUUCAGUCACUUCCCGCUAGAGCGUCAGGAGCUGUCAGUACCAACGUUGUUGUUAUGGGGAGAGAAAGACCCCUACCUGGAGACUGGACUUGUGGAUAGUAUUAACAACUACUUUGUGCCAGGCCGCCUGCUGUCCUAUAUCCUGCCUGAUGCUGGCCACUGGAUCCCCCAGUCACAACCAGAGCAGAUGCACCACUACAUGUGGGCCUUUUUUAGGAGGUUCAAGGUGUAGUUAUGACUCUUCCUUCCAAUAUGAACAUUCUGGUUUUGUGCUCCCCCCAUGGCCCACUAAGGACAAGGGAAGAAAUGGAGCAGUACUUGAAACUCAGCUUGAAACAAGCCAGCUUUUGACUAGGCGUGUGGAAGCAUCUUCCCUCUCUAACCCCUAUGGUUUAUAUCCCUUUCCACAUUUCCCCAUAGGUGCCCAACCUAAUCAUCCCAACCCCUGAUACUUACAUUGUCUUUUCUCUCUGUCCUCUCAAUUCCUUGCUGGCUGGUCCCAGUUGAGCCCCUAUUAAAUUCUGGAAACCUUUUCUGUCACUGCUACAGAGAAAGGAGCCCUGUGAAAAGAAAGGGGCCACUGUAGUUGUGGUGUGUGCACAGAAAUAAACCUCCCACUCCCUGCCCUGCUGUGCCUCUUUCCUUCUGUCUGGGGCCUCAGCUCAAGGACAGUUUGGGAUCAGGGGCAGGGGCAAGGAGUGAAAAUGUG